CUCCCGCCGCCCGGGUCGGGAAUGGGGAAGGUCACCGGGGGCGGCGGGGGGGGAGGGACGGGGCGGGCGGCGCCGCCGCGGGUAUUUCGAGCGUCGGCAGCCGGCGCGUCGCGUACCUUUGCCUUUUUUGGGCUUGGGGCUGGCGGGGCAGGUUGCCGGAGCCCCGUGUCCCUCGCUCCCGCCCGCCGGCACCGGGACGGGGUUGUGUGUGGGGGGGGGAGGCCCUCCCGCCGGCCGACGCCCGGCAGGUGCAGCGGCGGCCGGGCCGCGGGGGCGGCGGGAAAGCAUAAGCUUAAAUCGUCUCAGAAGGACAAGGUGCGCCAGUUUAUGGCAUUUACCCAGGCUGGUGAAAGGACUGCUAUAUACUGCUUGAUGCAGAAUGAAUGGAAACUAGAAGUGGCAACAGACAACUACUUCCAGAAUCCAGACUUGUACUACAAAGAAUCCAUGAAAAAUUCAGUAGACAGGAAGAAAUUAGAGCAAUUGUAUAAUCGAUACAAAGACCCACAAGACGAAAAUAAAAUUGGUAUUGAUGGGAUUCAACAGUUCUGUGAUGAUUUAAGCCUGGACCCAGCCAGUAUCAGUGUUCUGGUUGUAGCAUGGAAGUUCAGGGCAGCUACUCAAUGUGAAUUCAGCAAAAAGGAAUUCGUUGAUGGCAUGACAGAGUUGGGGUGUGACACCACAGAAAAACUAAAAGCUCUAUUGCCAAGACUGGAACAAGAGCUAAAGGAUCCAACAAAGUUCAAAGAUUUUUAUCAGUUUACUUUUAACUUUGCUAAAAACCCUGGACAAAAAGGUUUAGGAGUUAUCAGCGGGAUGCAUGAUAUCUUUUCUUACACCAGAUGCUAUUUGUAUGGGAGGGAGUAGGAAGGCACAGAAGCACUUUUUAGAAGUUUUUUUGGUGAUAGAAGAAUUUUGGUGAUACUCGACACAGUCUUCUUCACUGUGCAAUGGAUUUUGCUCCAGGAAAGCAGUCCUGGGAGGAGGUGUGUGUGUGCAGUUUUGUGUUUGAUUUAUUUUUAGAACAGCCUGUCUUCCAUUGCUUUGUAAUUUCUUCUUAUUCUACAGUUCCCUUCAAAACCAAUGCAAGAAAUUCUGCCCUUACGUAAUUAGAUGGGAAGAAUCCUCUCCAAUAAAUUAAGUUGCAUCUAUUCUGUCGUUCCCCAAAAUAGGUACAGAGUUCAGUACAAUACUCAUUCCUAGAAAUAGGACCACCUUUUAUAGGAGUCUCUUUUCCACAGUUCAUGUGGUGAUACUAGGGAUUUUUUUAUUUAUCUUUAUAUCUGCAGGACUUCUGUCUCCAUAGUCUCAUCCAAAUUGAAUGUUUCCAUUUACUUGUAUUAGCUUAAUAUCGUCAAGUAGUAUGCUUCAGUCUGGACACGUGCUGGUUAAAGACGUAAAAGUAGUACCAGUCCCCCUAGGUGAUGCCUUGUGUAAGUAGUGAGAUGCAGGAGGCAAAAGCGUAUUGCGUAAGAUCUACCAUGAUUUUCUUUGAGCAGAAAAUGAUGUUCUGAUUAAUGUUACUCAGGACCCAACUGUCAAAUGUCUUUCAAAUACCUCUAAAUAGAUUUGAUUACUAUCUUAGAAGAUGAUGUAAAAAAAAAAGAAAAUAUAACUGUUAAGACUACUGCUCCCUGUGGUGGACAGAAUUCAAGAAAAAAAAUAAAUAGCAAGCUUUCAACAGAGCAGUGACAUCUCAAUAGUUGCAUAUUGGACCUGGGAGGCAUAAUAUUUAGUUAUGUUAAACUUCAUCUGAGUGUGUUGUAUAUAUUUUGAGAUAAUGUAAAAAAUGCAGUUUUGCAGGUCUGGUUUGCCAGGAGACUUUUACAAAGAAUUAUUCUGGAUAACUGUGAUUCCGUCUGUUUAAUCUGUGCUUUCAUGUUCUCACUAUUAUAUUUAGUACAAUAAAUCUUUUAAGUUUUCCGUGGUGCAGAUUUGGAGAGGUUUAUCUCACUUUUCUGCUCCCAAGUUUUAGCUUUUUGUAUUGCAGUCCAAGUGAAAUUUUGCAUCCUAGCUCUUGGUUGAUAGGUGUACUAAAGAAUAGGAUUUACAGAUCUUUUGUCAUGUUGUAUACAGAGCGGUUCAGAUUUCUAAGGACACUGUUCAAGCUCAAAACAAGGCCUUAGCUCCAUCUAUCUAUCUUUUUUUUUCCUCUUU